AGGCUGUCGCGUCGCGCCGACCUGGCUCAAGGAGGCCCUUGCGAGGACCAGCUUGGCGACCCAAGCGCCGCAAGCUGCGCGCGCGCAGCCGCGCCACUGGGGUCGGGCCGGAACUUCUGGACGUAUUGGUUCUGUGUACCAACCUCGCUCUCUUCAGAUGGCUUGCUACCACAACAUGCACCCCGCAUGGGUCAGUUGGACUAGCCCCGUUCUGCGCACUGAAAUGUCGCGCACUCGCAUGCCGGGCGAGGUCGCUUACUUGCCUGCACGCCCAGAAGCGGACGCCUUCUAUUCUCCAGGUGAGGUGGCGUACCUGCCCGUGCCCGUGCGGUUCGGGCUUGGCGCCAUAGGGGACGAAGGGCAGCAGUGGCGCGCGCCGCCCCGCGGCGGCGCUUGCGCCGCGGCGCCGAGCUGCGACGGCGGCAGCACCUGCUGCCCAGGCGGCGAGACGGACACGGACACGGAGGCGGGGGCCAAGGCCUCGGGGCACUUCGGCGGCGAGCUCGAGGGGGAUUUUGUCCCAUUGUACGAUGAGGGUGAGGAGUACAAAGGGGAGUACCUGUGCAUGCACGAGCUGUACGACGGCACAGCUUUCGGAGCCACGCCAGUACAGCGCUACAGCUAUUUCCACUUCGAGGUAUACGGGCACAGGCCAGACUUAGAUUGUACGACUGGAUGGCACGACAUACAGCACAUUACCGAGUUAUUCAAAGACACGAAGGGUUUCGUCAUAUUGGAGAACAAGAUGUCACGCCUGCACAUGGGGGACCUCGUCCCAUACAAGCAAGUCAAGGCCGCCUACGCCCAGAAGGACCAGCCAAACAGUUUCAUGAAUUUCAUGAAAGUGUCCUUCCGCCUCGCCUAA